GCCUGUCUAGAGAUAGCACUAGCAGGCACACAAUGCGAUGCACUAAACCUCCAGAGCUGCUUUUGCACAAAUGAGAUUCUGCAAGCAAAUGUCUCUAUCUGCGUCCUAGCAGAAUGCACUUAUCAAGAGCAAGUCGUUGCGUCAAAUCUCCAAGCUAUCAUUUGCAAGGGCGUCCCACAGCCAUCUCGUAGUAACGAAAUUAUUCACACUAUCAUCAUUUUAUCAGUCUUUACUUUUCCAAUUCUCUGUCUGAGGUGUUUCUCUCGCUGGUCGAUUACGCGUCAACUAUGGUGGGAUGAUUGGAUGGCUGUUUUGGCAGGGGUGAGGCCACCAUUACAACAACAUUGGAUGUACUUGACAGAUACUAACGAGCUAUAUGCAGAUUUGGCUAAACUGGGCUUAGGAAAGCAUUUGUGGAAUGUCCGUCCUGUGGACUCCCCUCCCCUUCUCAAAUAUUUCUAUGCAGCUCAGAUUCUCUACAGCCUCGCCCAAGUCCUCGCCAAGCUGUCCAUCCUCUUUCUAUACCUCCGUAUCUUUCCUCGGCCGAAAUUCCGCCUCGCAACGUACAUCGCAAUCGGAGUCCUGAUAAUGGACGGCAUCGUCUAUAUGUUACUGCCUGCUUUUGAAUGCCUGCCAAUACGCUCAUUUUGGGAUAGAAGCGUACCCGGAAAAUGCUUGAACCUUCCAGCAAUCAUCUACACCGGCGCGAGUACUGGUAUUAUCAUGGAUUUUGUUAUCAUCUGUCUUCCGAUCUCAGAGCUGAAGACUCUAAACCUGACUUUGAGGAAGAAGAUAACUCUUGGUCUUAUGUUCAGCGUUGGAUCCUUCGCAUGCAUCACAAGCCUCAUACGCCUAAAAUAUAUCGCGGUGUUCGGUUCAAGCUUCGACGUUACCUGGGACGAUACUGAUGUAGUUAUGUGGUCCUUUAUUGAAAUCGCCAUGGCGGAGAUCUGUGCGUGCCUCCCGACAAUUCGACCACUUCUCGUUCACUACAUACCGAGUAUGUUCCAGAGCACCAGUCGCAGCAUAAACACCACUACCACACUACAAAAGGGGUACAAGCCUAGAGUCCCACCAAAACUAAGCCGUGGGCACAAUGGAGAGGAGCUAAUGAGCGAUGAUGAAGGCCUCGUGAUUAAGACCCAACGCCCUGUAAUGGUAUGGAGUAAGGUCCCGGUUUUGCAAGAUAAUAGCGACAUCGAAUUGGGUUUCCGCAAAGCCACCAAUUGAGAGUCUUCCAGUUACAGGUUCUGAUGAUUUCCGAGCAUCUUCGCAGGAAUCGUGAGGUUUGUUUUAGAUGCGUCUUUGGUACGGCAAUCACGCUAGGAGGGGGAGGAGGAGGAGGAGGAGGAGGUUAACCCGCCAUAGUGUUCCUCGUGACUGUUGUUUGGCCGUUCAGAACUAGUUUUCACUGCUUUUGAUCGAUUGGCGCUAGUGUUUCUUGACCGGGAUCUCGACACCUCCAACCCUCUGGCCCACGUGACUCCGCGCCUUCCGCCAAUGCGACCACCGCCCGUAAUAUGAACCGUUAGGCCCUAGAGACAAUCCGAGAUCGAGUCGCAGUCGCUU